UUUUUACCCCGGGAACAGGCCACGCCCGGGCUUGCACAUUUAAAAAAAAAACAGCUACAUCGCAAACGGAUUAAAGCAGCGAGCCGAAAACGAAGCCAUUGCAAAGCAAGGGUGCUACAAGCAGAGAGACAGGACAUUGUGAUAUCUGACUGCAUGAAGCCACCGCCCCUGUAACAAUGCAACCUUUCAUUAACCUCUCGGCUCUGUUGAGAUAAGCGAUGACUUUGCCAGCAGGUGUUUGCGAGCGAUACUUAUGUCGAAUUGAGCCGGAAUUCCUUUGAAACAGUAUUUUCCUGGAAAGAUGCCGUCUGGGAAAUUGGCCUUUUAAUCAACAUGGGAAGGAAGGAUUAACCAAGGUUCUACCAUGAUUGGAGGCUUAUUCAUUUACAACCACAAAGGGGAAGUUCUCAUCUCCCGAGUCUACAGAGAUGACAUUGGACGGAAUGCAGUGGAUGCCUUCCGCGUCAAUGUCAUCCAUGCAAGGCAGCAAGUUCGCUCACCAGUGACUAACAUCGCACGUACCAGCUUCUUCCAUGUUAAACGUUCCAAUAUUUGGCUAGCUGCAGUCACCAAGCAGAAUGUUAACGCGGCCAUGGUCUUUGAGUUCCUGUACAAAAUGUGUGAUGUCAUGACUUCAUAUUUUGGAAAGAUCAGUGAGGAAAACAUCAAGAACAACUUUGUCCUUAUUUAUGAGCUGCUGGAUGAAAUCCUAGAUUUUGGCUAUCCACAGAAUUCUGAGACUGGAGCACUGAAAACGUUUAUUACCCAACAAGGAAUCAAAAGUCAGCACCAGACCAAGGAAGAACAAUCACAGAUCACCAGCCAGGUAACAGGACAGAUCGGAUGGAGACGCGAAGGAAUCAAGUACAGGCGAAACGAGCUUUUCCUGGAUGUUCUGGAGAGUGUCAAUCUGCUAAUGUCACCUCAAGGUCAGGUUCUAAGUGCUCACGUCUCAGGCAGGGUAGUAAUGAAGAGUUACCUGAGUGGAAUGCCAGAGUGCAAGUUUGGGAUGAACGACAAGAUUGUUAUUGAGAAACAAGGCAAAGGAACUGCUGACGAGAGUGCAAAAAGUGGUAAACAAUCUAUAGCAAUUGAUGACUGCACGUUCCACCAGUGUGUACGGCUCAGCAAGUUUGAAUCUGAAAGGAGCAUUAGUUUCAUCCCACCAGAUGGCGAAUAUGAACUUAUGAGGUACCGAACCACUAAAGAUAUCAUCCUGCCGUUCCGUGUGAUCCCAUUGGUCAGAGAAGUAGGUCGCACUAAACUUGAAGUGAAAGUUGUCAUCAAAUCAAACUUCAAACCAUCCCUGCUGGCUCAGAAGAUUGAGGUGCGAAUUCCAACCCCGCUCAACACCAGUGGAGUGCAGGUCAUCUGCAUGAAAGGGAAGGCCAAGUACAAAGCUAGUGAGAAUGCAAUUGUUUGGAAGAUUAAACGUAUGGCAGGAAUGAAGGAAUCGCAGAUCAGUGCUGAGAUUGAGCUUCUACCCACUAAUGACAAAAAGAAAUGGGCUCGUCCACCCAUCUCCAUGAACUUUGAGGUCCCGUUCGCUCCAUCUGGACUGAAGGUGCGCUACCUUAAAGUGUUUGAGCCGAAGCUGAACUACAGCGAUCAUGAUGUGAUAAAAUGGGUCCGGUACAUUGGACGAAGCGGGAUCUAUGAGACCAGGUGCUGAGAAGCAGGGCUUACCCACUAGCCCCCUGCGGCACCCACUGGAACACAUCAGACUCUCUGCCUCCUUGUCGGUCACUACACCAUGCACUUGACGUUGCCUAGGAGAUGGCAGUAGCUACACUUAUCAGGGUGUGGCUGCACCACCGACAACGGAGACCCGGUCGACACAAUCCUGCUUUUGCCUCAUUUCAGUUGAUUUUUAUGUACUCCCCUCAUUGAUGACGCCCAGCGUUCAAAGCAGCUCCCGUUCCAUGUCCCAUUUCACAUUCACCUCAUCAAAUGUAUUUUCCAACUAUAUAUGCGUAUUGUAGUUCCAUAGAACAUAGAGUGUAACUGGACGUUCCUGAUAGAGAUUGAACUGUGUACUGAUGGCAAUGUUGUAAUGAAUGUUCUGUGCAAUCAAGAGACUCUGCUGGUCCUUCCUUUGAGCUGUGGUUGAAUUGCCGAAAGUGUCUUUUUUUUUUUAAUUAUUUCCUGUGACCAAAAGAUUCUUGUCAAAAGUGUUGCUAUUUGUUUUUGGUUAAUGUGAUGGUGAGAGAGAGAAAGAAAGUUUGUCAGUUCGCUGGCUAACUUUUUUGCAAAAUCACAAGCAACUUUUUGCAGUGAAGGCCACUGGGCAAGAGGUGUAUUUGGCAGAUGGCCCCAUAAAAGAGAACAUCAUGAACGAUUAAAAUCUGAAGUAUUUGGGGAAUGGCCCAAGGGUAUUUCUAUAUGAAGUUGGCUGAUUUGAGAGGAGCAAAUAUGUACUUUAUCCAUUUGAGAAAUAAUAAGCUUAUAUACAUCUUAACUAAUCCCGAGUAUAAUGACCAGGACCUUUUAUUCAGGAAGGACAAAGCUAGUCAGAAUGGCACAAUUUUAAAAAGUUGGUUAAUUGGUGGUCCUUCGAACUCAUGGCAUUUUCUCUUUUUAUUGGCCACUCUGGUUUUCACUUGUUUACCCCUCUCCAUGGAACUAGUUGGUGCACAUAACUUUACAUUACAGCACAAGAGUUGCAUAUUCCUACAUAGGUCUGCUGAUGGUGGACCUGAGCUCUGUGUAUGUAUACGCGCGUGUGUGUGUGUGUGUGUGUGUGUGUGUGUGUGUGUGUGUGUGUGUGUGUGUGUGUGUGUGUGUGUGUGUGUGUGUGUGUGUGUGUGUGUGUGUGUGUGUGUGUGUGUGUGUGUGUGUGUGUGUGUGUGUGUGUGUGUGUGUGUGUGUGUGUGUGUGUGAGAGAGAGAGAUCAUGGCGAUUUUGGUCAGUCGGUGGCCUAAACCUGCACCAUUUUUAGAGAAGGGAAGUCUUAAAAGGACAAAUGUGGAAGACUCUCGCCUGUAAAUCCUUUUGCUUGAUGGUGUGAUCGCUCUUUGGCAACUUUUGUGAUCGUCCAGUUAAUCUUAAUAAACCAUACUGAAUCAGUA